AUGGGAGGUGGAAGAGGAGGUAUGCCAGCUGAGAAAAACGUGGCGGAGAUGGUGAAGGAGAACACCAAUAUCUACGCGAGAAAGUUUCAGAUGCUCUUGGAUAGGUCAACGCCACAUGUCAUGGAGAGAUGGCUGGUGACGUUGGGAUUGUUCUUAUUAUUCUCGUUGAAUGUCAUUUUGAGACAAGGCUGGUACAUCGUCUGCUACGCCCUCGCGAUCUAUAUCCUGAAUCUGUUCCUCGCGUUUCUUCAGCCCCGAUUCGAUCCAUCCCUGGCGGAUGAUCUCGCUGCUGAGGAUGUCGAGGAAGGCGCCCCAGGUCUACCUGGUGGAGGAUCCAAGUCUCCAGGUGGAUUGAAAGGCUUGUUCUCCGGUGGAGGAGAUGACGAAGAGUUCAGACCAUUCAUCAGGCGUCUCCCGGAGUUCAAAUUCUGGUACUCCGCCACCAAAGCCACCGCUAUUGCCUUGACGUGCACCAUCACACGUGCUACUGACGUCCCCGUGUACUGGCCAAUCUUGCUCGUCUACUUCUUGACACUAUUCGCGCUUACGAUGCGGAGGCAAAUCCAGCACAUGAUCAAAUACCGGUAUAUUCCGUUCGAUCUUGGAAAGAAGAAGGGAUACGGAAAGAAGUAG